AUGGAUACUUCACAUUGCCGUUAUCGAGGCUUCAUCUUGCUUCUAGUUUUAUUUUAUUCACAUGUAUUUGAUUUAGCUUCAAAUAUAGCUAAACAAAUUGCAAAGAUCAAUUUCGCCGAUUAUGGAAAUCCUAUUGGUGAGUGUGAAGACUUUAGACGCGACAAGGCAGGCGCACCAGCUACCUUGAGUCUCGUCAAACAUGUUAGCAAAAUUAACGAACAUUAA